UUGGUAUGGUAUGAAUAAUGAUAAGGAUGAAAAUACAAGUCAAAAAAGAAUAAGCACCACAUUUCUCUCUCUCUCUCUUCUUUCUCUCUCUUUCAUGGCCCUUCCUUCUGCCAUCUUCGUUAACUUUCCGAGUUCCAAUAACACAAUCCAUGGCACCCAAAUAUUCUUCUCUUCUUCCUAAUUGGAUCACUCCCAUUCACCUUCUCCUCAUCCUGCUCCACUCUCUCUUAUAGCAAACACAUUCGCUAUAAUUUUUUUUUAUUAAUUUUUUUUUUCCUUUUUAGCCGAAUUGAAUUCUGUAAAUUAUCGCCGUAGAAUAGCCUGAUUGUGUCCGAUUCAGUUGAAUUUGUGUAUAUAGGGUUUCGAUUGCGGAUGGCGUCGGUGUUUCUGUACCAUGUGGUUGGGGAUCUGACGGUGGGGAAGCCGGAGCUGUCGGAGUUCUCGGAGACGGAGACGGUGGCCGCCGCCAUUCGGACGAUUGGGGAUUCCUCCGAAGGGGGGAUUCCGGUGUGGAGGACCAGAUCCCCCAAGUGCGUGAUGGAGAAUGCCGAAACCAGGCAGCAGAGGUUUGUGGGGAUUCUCAACGCGCUGGAUAUUGUGGCGUUCCUGGCCAGAGAGGACUGCUUGGCUAAUCGGGAUAGAGGCAUCAACGCCCCUGUUUCCGAGGUGGUUGUUCCCGACAACGCCGCCCUUAAGGUGGUUGAUCCUGGCACAAGAUUAAUAGAUGCUCUGGAGAUGAUGAAACAAGGAGUGAAGCGACUCCUCGUGCCCAAGAGCUUAUACUGGAGAGGAAUGAGCAAACGCUUUUCCAUUAUGUACAGCGGAAAGUGGGUCAAGAACACAGAUCCUGCUUCCGGAGGAAGCAGCACCACAAACACCUUAUCCAACAUCAGCAACCGUCUGCCGCCAGCUUCCUCCUCCACCUCCGCCACCCAAGACAAAUUCUGCUGCCUCUCGAGAGAAGACGUGCUCCGUUUUCUAAUCGGCUGCCUCGGUGCACUAGCCCCUCUGCCUCUCUCCUCCAUCUCCUCCCUCGGAGCUGUCAAUCCACACUACUGCUGCAUCGAAGCUUCAAUCGCAGCCGUCGAUGCAACGAUGAUCCGCCACCAUGAUCCGUGCGCAGUGGCGGUGGUGGACCAAACUCCAGAUGGCAAUCAUAACAAAAUCAUCGGUGAAAUCUCGUCGGCUAGGUUAUGGAAGUGUGAUUAUUUUGCAGCUGCUUGGGCUUUGGCUAAUUUAUCGGCUGGGCAGUUUGUUAUGGGGGUAGAGGAUAAUAUGUCUUCAAGAACCGAGCUUGAUAUCGCGCUUAAUAAGAUAGCCGAAGCGAAUGAUUUAGCUGCUAAUGGUGGCGGACUGAGGAAACUUGGUAGUAGAACUAUUGGGUUUUUCGGGAAUUGGUCGAAUCCAAAUUUGGGUAUCGGCAGGAGUAUGUACCGUGGGAGGAGUGCACCGCUGACGUGUAAAGUGACGAGUUCUUUGGCGGCAGUUAUGGCUCAGAUGCUGUCGCACAGGGCAACUCAUGUGUGGGUUACUGCAGAGGAUGAACAUGACGAUGAUUUAGUCGGUGUGGUUGGAUAUGCUGAUAUUUUUGCUGCUGUGAGCAGGCAACCUUCGGCAACUAUUUCCGAGACACCCUCAUCGUAAGAAUUUUGUGAUUUUUUAUUUUUUAUAUAUGAUUUGAUUUGUUAUACGUAUGAAUGUGAGUUGAUUAAUGUUGGGAUAAUUGAAAGAGAGAUUGCAUUUUUUUGUUGAAACACUGUGAUAUGUGUAGAUUGUGAGUUUUGGGUGAUUGGGUUGAAACUUUGAAAUGAAAGCCAUUGGCUUGCUUUAAACUCUUGGGUUUUGGAAAUCGGAACGGAAUUUCCAAAUUCUACCGAUUUCGAUUCGA